CGUUCACUGUCGGUAGCGCCACUGUUGAGAGGGUACUGUCGCUAACAGGAAGAUAGAACAUCGGUCGGUGUCAGCGUUAUUCUUUUGUCGAAAAUGGAACGAAAAGUAGCUCGAGAAUUUAGGCACAAGGUGGAGCUGCUCAUUGACAGUGAGGCUGAAAAGGAUUACCUGUACGAUGUCCUGCGGAUGUAUCACCAGUCCAUGGAGCUGCCCGUGUUGGUGGGGGACCUGAAGCUGGUCAUCAACGAGCCCAGCCGCCUGCCGCUGUUUGAUGCCAUCCGGCCCCUCAUUCCCCUCAAACACCAGGUGGAGUACGACCUGCUCACCCCCAAGAGGUCACGUAAGCUGAAGGAGGUGCGUCUGGAUCGUACUCAUCCUGAGGGUCUGGGUCUGAGCGUGAGAGGGGGCCUGGAGUUCGGCUGUGGACUCUUCAUCUCACAGAUCGUCAAGGAUGGACAGGCUGGAAACAGUGGCCUGCAGAUGGGAGAUGAGAUUGUCCGCAUCAAUGGAUACGCCAUCUCUUCCUGUAUCCACGAGGAAGUCAUCAACCUCAUCAAGACCAAGAAAAUAGUGUCGCUCAAAGUCCGGCAGGUUGGGAUGAUACCAGUGAAGAGUUCCACAGAGGAGCCUCUGAAGUGGCAGUUCGUGGACCAAUUUGUGUCUGGUUCUGGGGAGAAGAAGAGCAGUGUGGCAGGCCUGGCAUCCAUGGGAGGGAAGGAGAUCAAGGAGAAGAAGGUGUUCCUGAGCCUGGUGGGCACCAAGGGCAUGGGCGUCAGCAUCUCCAGUGGCCCCACACAGAAGCCUGGCAUCUACAUCAGUAACGUCAAAUCUGGAUCCCUCGCUGCUGAAGUAGGACUGCAGAUUGGUGACCAGAUCGUGGAGGUGAACGGGGUGGAAUUCACCAAUCUGGACCACAAAGAGGCUGUAAGAGUUCUGAAGAGUAGCAGGAGUCUAACCAUCACAGUUCUCACCGGCGCAGGCAGUGAGUUGUUUAUGACAGACGAGGAGCGUCUGGCGGUGGAGGCUCGCAGGGAGCUGGACAGACGAGAGUUGAUGCACCAGAAAAGGGUUGCCCUGGAGACUAACAAGAUGGUCAAGGAGCAGCAGGAGAAAGAGAGGCAGAGAAAGAUGGAGAUUUCUCAGAAGACUGCCGAGGAAGAGGAACGCUAUCGGAAGGAGAUGGAGAAGAUCGAGGCUGCGGAGAGGAAGCAUCACAGGGAGUGGGAGGAGGACUGGGCACCUAGAGAGAAACCCAAAACCAAGAGUCCCUCCCCGGCCCCGCCUGAAAUCAACACCGCACCCCCCAAGUCCAAGAACUCUGACGUUGCAGCAAGCUCUUUUCAGGCUGACGACGACGAUGAAGAGCAGCAGGAGGAGGAGGAAGAGGGGAGUGAAGGCUUUCAGAAAUACGUGGAAGACUUUGAUCCCCACUCCAUGUUCUCCUCGGAACAGAUAGCUGGGCGAGACGUGAGACUACUGAGAAUCAAAAAGGUUGGACCACUUGAUCUGGCUGUGGAGGGGGGAGUAGACUCCCCUCUGGGAAAGCUAGUGGUAUCUGCCAUUUAUGAUGGAGGUUCGGCAGACAAACAUGGUGGGAUAGUGCCAGGAGAUGAGGUGAUGGCUGUGAAUGGGAAGAUCCUGACGGACUCCUCACUGACAGAAGGACAAAACUCUCUGACCCGUGCCUGGAACAGUGGAGGGGAUUGGAUUGACCUGGUGAUAGCAGUGUCACCUCCAAAAGAGUAUGAAGAUGAGGUGACGUUCUUCUGAGAGUCACCUGACCACCUGCCUGCCAAACAAGCCAUACCCACCAACCAGGAACCAUCGUUCUCAUUUCCUCUGACAUUUGACCUAUUUUAUCAUCACAAUCAAAUCCCUGCAUCAAACUGUUUUUAUUUUUAUUUUUUUUAUUUCACCUUUAUUUAACCAGGUAGGCUAGUUGAGAACACCUUUAUUUAACCAGGUAGGCUAGUUGAGAACACCUUUAUUUAACCAGGUAGGCUAGUUGAGAACACCUUUAUUUAACCAGGUAGGCUAGUUGAGAACAAGUUCUCAUUUGCAACUGCGACCUGGCCAAGAUAAAGCAUAGCAGUGUGAGCAUACAACAAAGAGUUACACAUGUUGCAAUGCAAUGCUGAUCACUAUUGACAGCUAGUCUGUUUGAACCAGAACCACGCCGUGAUGUGCUACAUGUGAACUGUCUAGAAUGUGAAAGAGACUGAUUCAUCCUCUGUUGAGUUCCAUUUAGAUCCCAGUACAGAAACUUUCUGAAGAAGCUAGAGGGUUAUGACAUCACUACGUAAUACUCUGAGCCGAUAUUCACGACAUAAGAAGGAAUUCACCUCGGGCCACACACACAAAAACAAAACAUUUUUUCCAAUUGAACCUCAUUAUAAAAGAGACAACUUCAUCGUCAAUUUUUGUUGUUGUUAUACAUACAUUAAAAAAAUGCCGAAAAGCUGCUGUGUUGCUCAAUGUACCAGGUCAAAAAUCCAGACCUAUGGUUUGUAAUACUUCCACGUAAGGAAAUAGUGCCUGCGAGAAGAGCCCUCUGGAUUUCGGUGUAGGAGAGUGGGAAAUGUAGGGACCCGGUGUCCAAGUAGGCUACACGUAGCUAUGUGUGUAGAGAACAUUUCCUCACAGGUAAGACAUUGUUUAGUAUCGUCCGUUUGUAACUCCACUACUUGUCGCUGUAUAGUCCAUUUGUUUGUGUUGUUGGUCUUGGCCACAAGUUGUUUUACCCCAAGGUGUGCGGGGCCGCAACGUUCUAUCUAAUACCCACCAGGACUAUCCCCCUCAGAGACAUAUAUUUUGUAGCCUGGGUACCCGUCUUUUUAGCCAAUGUUCCACUCCUUGUAGCCUACUCCGUACUAUUUGUGAAGUAAAUUGAGUAUAUAGUAUGCCAAUUGCUCAUAGUAUGGAUAUAGUUAGUAUGCCAAAAUGACAUUCAAGUGAAAGGGUACCGUUCGUUUACAGUAUACUAAAAUGAACUAAUCGUAUAUAGUAUGUAGUAUACAGUAUGUUAGUAUGGGUAUCCAAACACAGCUGGUACUGUAGUGAAUCGUAUUUAGUAUGUAGAUUACAGUAUGUUAGUAUGGGUAUCCAAACACAGCUGGUACUGUAGUGAAUCGUAUAUAGUAUGUAGUAUACAGUAUGUUAGUAUGGGUAUCCAAACACAGCUGGUACUGUAGUGAAUCGUAUAUAGUAUGUAGUAUACAGUAUGUUAGUAUGGGUAUCCAAACACAGCUGGUACUGUAGUGAAUCGUAUAUAGUAUGUAGUAUACAGUAUGUUAGUAUGGGUAUCCAAACACAGCUGGUACUGUAGUGAAUCGUAUUUAGUAUGUAGUAUACAGUAUGUUAGUAUGGGUAUCCAAGCACAGCUGGUACUGUAGUGAAAUGUUAGCUAUAGCUGAAAAGACUGGUACCCGGACUAUAUAUUUAGAGAGUUGAGACAACUUUUGCAAUUUCAAAUAUGGUUUUAAUUCUAGACAUUCAGUUCCAUAGCAUUAUUUAAACAUUCCUCUUGUAAUGUUAAAGUAACGGUCCAGUGUUUCCAGAUUUCUAUGAAAUAUGACCUAGAAUUACUUACAAUAUGAGUGAAAUAGUUUUCCUUCCAAAAAGUGGUAAUGUUAAAAAACAGCUUUUCUGUGUUGGAAUAGUGUGGGCGUACCCCAACAGGUACCCCAACCUGUCAUUAAAAAUAUUAACGUGAGUAGAGGGCUGAUUGGCCAGCUCAUUCUCCUCAGGAGGAUGACCUCAUACUUUAUGAGGAAGUAGCAAGCAUUUUAGAAACUGUCUGUUUGAGAUACAAGUUUGUGUUUUUUCUCCAAUUUAUGCUUUGGCCACGUACAAGUACAGGAUGAGUCAACAACAUUAUUUGGGUAUGAGCAAACAGAAUAUGAACUUUAAAAAGUGAGAUGUUCACUGGACAGUUACUUUAAUGGGUCGCUAACAUGGUUGCCAUAUCAUUUUGAUUUGUCAUGUAAAUGCAUCCUAAUGCAGAAAUCUCAAUGUCCCAACUAAUUACAUAGCGAUGUUCCCCAUUCGUCUCAUUCUAGUACACUACAGCAUAGGAACACAGUUGUGAAAAACUGAACUCUGAUGCUGAGGCGCAUCGGUGUCAACAUGUUUUGAUCCUCUUGAGUUUAGUUAAAUGCUAAGUGCAUCUUAAUGAGCUUCUAGUAUGCCAUAAGCCCCCUCGUUAUAGGUGAAAUUACACUCCUAAAUCUCCAAUGAAAGGUGUUAGAGCUUAUCUGUAUUCAGUUAGAGUAUGUAAUCAGCAGCAGGAGCAGCCAUGCAGGCAGGCACACUGUGAUGUAAUCAAUGUCCCUAUUUGAAAUCAAUGCUCUCAGAAUCAAUAAAGGUAUGUGCUUAAAACUAUCGGUAGAAUUGGUAGAAUUGAAAAAAUGCGAUGGGAACACAUUGAACAUUAUAUUUGUAUUCGGUACAUGAAAACUUUAAUAGAAAAAAUACAUUUGUACGUUCCAAAUCAUCACACACUGAUUUCAACCGCAAAAAAGUUUGGUGGGGAAAUUAACAUAUGUUCUUUAUGCAGAUUUUAGAAUAUUUGCAUGAAAACCUGUCGCCAAACCUAGCUUACUGUCGCAAACAAAACCUUCACGACGUGUAAUGGAAAGGACAGAUAUAGGAGACAUUUUCUAAAAAUCGAGAAAAUUGUAACCCUUUGACAAGGGAGGAACUUUCUUCUGUUUAACUUUCUUUAUUGGAACAAAUUAUGAUGGAAACUGUGUUUUCCCAAUAAAUGAUGAUUACCGAAUAAUUUCGAAGGUACGUGGGGCACGUAAUGUCAUUGCGUAACUAUGAAGCUCCACUCCACAUUUAAUUCUAAAUGUCUACUGCUUAACUGUAAAAAAUAAAAAUAAACUUUCUUUGCAGGGCAAGGACUGUCCUGACUUUCAAGAAUACCUCAAUUGCUUGGCCUUGCUUUUCACCAUCCAAUAAUUUCAGAUCUACAGGAGAACAAGUUUCACCAUGGCACGGACAGUGGUGAUAUGUCGGCACAUGAGAAUUAUUCAAAUAUGGCAAAUAUUGGUCAAUUAUUGCAUUCUAACCCUGCUGGCUUUCGUGGACUACCUGAGACAUGAAACAAAUUGGCAUACAUGCUGUCACCAAUUUAUUCAUGUGCAAUUUGCCUAAUGGGUAAUGGUAAUACUUCAUUUUUAUUCGACACUGUAGGUUGUGUAAUUAUUUUAUAUAUUUUUUUUAAUUGGUGUGACGAUUACUUUCAGGCAAUUGUCACAUCUAUUUUCUAUGCAAACUUCCACAAUGUCGACAAAUAUAUCACUGGACAAGUUGAUGGAAACAUAGCUACUGUUGUGGAUAUUAAGAUGAAAAGUCUUACUCAGCCAUGUGAAAUGAUUAACGUCGUGUUCAUCAGCUCGACACGAGCGUGGUGAUACAUAUGCACCUACAUGUAACUGAUCGGCUAGCUUGCCACUCUAAGCUAGCUGGCUACCAUCGUAUGUUUACAGUCAUGUCUAACUAUAAAGAUAAUUAUUAUCUAGUCUA